AGCGCACUGUCUUCUCCAGGAGCGCGUUCAGCCUCCUCUCACACGCUCUCUGCACCUCCGUCUGGUGGGAUGAGAACACACUGUGGGACUGAGAUGCGGUGAACUUUUGUCUUCUUUUUUUUUUUUUUUAACCUCCUCAUAUUAAUUUUUUUGUUUAUUCUGGCCGCGGGGAGCGCGUUUUGCCGGCCAGGAGCGCGCAGUGUGGCACACGCUGGAACAAAAACAGGCUCAGUGCAGCGCAGGCAGGUUUCCCUUUUAAAAGCGGCGGCAGGACAGUUACGGGAGUCCUCUCGGAGGGGGGAAAGCGGUGCAUGAGAAGAGACUGAAAAGAAGCCCAGCCCGGGAUAUUGAGGGAGAAGAGUCAGCGGCGGAACUUGGAUAUGGCGGCUGUGAAGACGUUCGACCUUCUCGUUGGAGUUGUUUUAGUUUUGCAGUGCGUGGGGAAUGUGCGAGGCGAGAUCACAGCCGGUAACGGGUUUUCUUACUCAUACGUGCAGGGGCAGGCAGGAGACGAGGAUGCAGCAGUGGACGUGAAGCUGUACAGCCACAGAUGGAGGAGAUGGCUUCCCCCGAAACCCCGUAACAUGGACAGUAACAGGGCCAGCCAGGAGCAGGACCAGGAGCCUGAACCGGAGGAGCCCGAAGGCUUCCCAGGCCUGCUGUCUGCAGAGGAAACAGACAACAGCUCCCAGAUAGAGGAGGACACAGAUCACAACUACUACACAUCAAAAACUUAUAGCCCAUCAGAUCCGAUGAGCAAGGACUUGUGGGUAAAUAUUGACCAGAUGGACAAGGACAAAGUGAAGAUCCACGGGAUUCUGUCCAACACACACAGACAAGCGGCGAGAGUUAAUCUGUCCUUCGAUUUCCCUUUUUAUGGACAUUUCCUGCGUGAAAUCACCGUGGCGACUGGUGGGUUCAUCUAUACGGGUGACGUCGUCCACAGGAUGCUAACAGCUACACAGUACAUCGCUCCUCUCAUGGCCAACUUUGACCCAAGUGUCUCCAGAAACUCUACUGUCAUCUACUUUGACAACGGUACUGCUCUGGUGGUGCAGUGGGAUCACGUCCACCUGCAGGACAACUACAACCUGGGAAGCUUCACUUUCCAGGCCACAUUGCAUAACACUGGCAGGAUUGUCUUUGCAUACAAAGAGAUCCCCAUUGAGGUGUCACAGAUCAGCUCUGUCAAUCACCCGGUGAAGGUGGGCCUGUCUGAUGCCUUUGUGGUGGUCCACAAGAUCCAGCAGAUACCCAAUGUGAGGCGGAGGACGAUCUACGAGUACCACCGUGUGGAGCUGACGAAGACGAAGAUCACCAAUUCUACAGCUGUGGAAAUGAUGCCUUUGCCAACCUGUCUCCAGUUCACCAGCUGUAGCGCCUGCAUCUCCUCACAGAUCAACUUCAACUGUAGCUGGUGCCAUCGGCUCAACAGAUGUUCCAGUGGUUUUGACCGCCAUCGCCAGGACUGGGUGGACAACAGCUGCCCAGAUGAGACCAAGGACAAGAUGUGUGACAUCGUCGACACCACCUACCUUUACCCCUUCACCACCACGAUUGUUGCCAAGACGACAUCCAGGGGCAAAGAGGCCACUGCCGGCAAGGAGACGCCCUCCACUUCCCACCCUCCCACCAGCGUCCCCACCGAAGAUGAUACCAAGAUCGCCCUGCAUCUCAGAGACAACCAGGUGAUGCCUGCUGACAGCGCUGUAGACAGAGUACCAGGCACACAUCCUCUCCACACCGGUCUGAUCCUGGGCAUCCUGCUGGUGAUGCUCAUCAUGAUUGCCGGCGUGCUGAUCACUGUCUACAUCUACCAUCACCCGACCUCUGCAGCCAGCCUCUUCCUCAUCGAGAGACGUCCGAGCAGGUGGCCGGCCAUGAAGUUUCGCCGAGGGUCGGGACACCCAGCCUACGCGGAGGUGGAGCCGGUGGGCCAGGAGAAGGAGGGCUUCAUCGAGUCGGAGCAGUGCUGAGGGAGGAGGGGGCGUCCACAUCCCCCGCCGCCUCCCCUCCUGUGCCAGCCCUCCUCCCUCCUGCUCCACAGGGACUUCUUCUCACCAGGAUCCUCCAGGAUCUGCUCCUCGCCGGAGGAGCUCAGUGUACACAAUGACUCGUUAAGACUGUGGAAUCGGCCCGUUGAGCACUAGAUGAGACCGGAUACAGCAGCUAGUGGCAUGAGGAAAGUGAGAAAACCCUGAAAACUGAUCCCAUUGCUCAGCUCCCGUUGGCCAGGAGCUGACCUGCCGGGGACAGAGGGAGGGAACAGCGUUGACGUCAUCGACUCGGUCUGGUUGAGAGUUUGUUCGGCUGCUGUCACGUUGCCAUCGAGGGAUUGUACAGCCUGACUGCCUAGACUGGGUGUGUCUGAGGGGGGAGCAGGGAGAAUUAUACAAUAUAUAUUUUCAGAAUCAAUACAGAUUACGUGAACAGAGAUUUCCACUUUAUGGUCAGUGGGGUUAUACAGUAUAGGCCUUUGUAUAUCCAUCAGGUUUUCAGUUCUUUUCCUAUUUCUUUCAGUAUGAUCUUUUCACAGGGGUUGGCACAUUUAUCUGUAUAGACCGUCGGUAUUGCUUUUCAAUACCAUAGCAGGCUUAAUUGACUUUUCCACAGCCGGCUCUAGCUGCGCGGUAUGACAUGAGCUGAACUGCCACUGCAAUCAAUCGCUGCUGGGAGUGAAGCUCAGAACUUUCAGAGUCGCUGUUGAAUUACUUUGUGAUGUUUGGCUGGUUUCAUUUUCUGAAAAUGAAAAAGGAAGAUUAUUUUUGUUCGCUGAGGAAAUCUCAGUGUUUUUUUUUGAAUGGGUGAUGGGCACACUCUAUCCUUCUCUUUAUGAUUUUUUUUUUUAUUUCUAUUUUUGCAUUGGUUUCAUUACUGCCGUGCCAUUUUGUCCCUGACUAGAGUUUGCACAAUUUUUUCCAUGCACAUUAUUUUUUCAUUUGACAUGUGGUACUAAUGCAAAAUUACAAGACAGGCGCUUGUGAGUGUGAAUAUAUUUUCUGAAGUGUAAGUGAUUCAUGUGUGUAUGCAUACAGAAGAGCAGUUUACAAUAGUGACUGGAUAUCCACCUGCUUUAUGGGUGCAUAUGUUUGAGCUGGCUCUGCACGGUUGAUUCCUCUUGAUUUUACUCUUAGGUAUCGUACACAGGUUGUGUUAGCCAGAAAACACACUGGUCCGAUUGGAGUUUUUAUUGAUUUUACAGUGUGGUUUCUUCUUCCAUUUAUGUUGCCGAGCAUUACCGGUUGUGUCCACAUUUAACACUUAUGAUUGGCUCAUCCAUGUCAGCGUAAUAAUGUACAUACCAAGGCCAAAACAUUUGCAGAUUCAGGUAACUCAUGGCAAACAUUUGUAGUAUAGCAGUGAUGGUACUGAAAAACGUUUUUUUAUUUUUUAUGAGUGGCCUUUUUUUCUCUACUUUUUUACUUAAAUGUGAAUAUUGUUCCAGUCGUCGCUGUCACAGAUCAGCACAGAAUUCAAACGCUCAUUUCUGCUGUUAAAUAUUUCAAGGCAAAAAUCCUGUUUUACACUAAUGAUUGUAGACUCAUUUUGGAGAAGAAAGAUCAACAUCCUGGAACUCUACUGAAAGAUAUAAAACGUGCAAUAUUGCAUCCAUUAAGUUCUACGCUGAAAAAAAAAUAGCCUAACAGUCAUCUGGAUCGUUUGUAUUCACACCACGUCGUCAUCACAUUGAGACCAAAGACUAAUCAGCAUCUGAGUGAGAUUUUUUUUUAAAUAUUUACCUCAACCUCCCCCACAGCCUCCACACCUCACUACUCAGCAGCCUUUAACCAGUAGUGGUAGCUCUAGUGGUUUACUGGCUAUAGCAGCCAUUUUAAACGUCAUAUAAAAUUGUAUAUUUGUCAGAAAUGAUUUUGCGAUACACUUCUGAUAACAGUCGACCAUUCGCUAAACCCCUUCCCUUAACUGCAACUGUCCAAUCAUAGUUUAGCAACCGUAACUAGGCACAAAAAGAGCACUAGUAUUUGAAAUUUGGGCACAUUUGUAGUAUUUUACUCAAUAAACAGAGCUGCAAGAGCUAAAACAUGAGGAAUAAUAUAUAUUAAACACUGAGUGACUGUGGUAAUGAAAGCUGAGACUGUUAGCAUGCCUGGCUAACUUACUAAUUAAAACAGUAACAGAGCAAGGCAUGUAAUUACCUAACAAUUAAAAGUUGCAUUAGCUUAUUGUCUUGCAGGUUGCAUUAAAAAAAAUGUUCACUCCAAACAUUGCCAUUGCUUGACAGCAGGUGCUGUGCCAAAAUUACCAUCUGAGGAAGCAAGUGCAGCUUGUGUUUCUUUUUUUGCUGUUUUUAUUGAGGUCAAACACUUGCAAAUACACAGAACUUUAUGUCCAUGGCAAUAGCAUUAUAUCUUUAUGAAACUUUUUGUAAUUAUACAGAGCAAAUAAAUUCGGCCAACGACAGUUGCUCUUUCAACCGGCAAAGUCAGCCGUCACCGGGAAAUUUGUAAAAUUAAUGGAAAGGCGAUAAAUUUGCCACUUUGCUAUCUUGUAACCUGCUAAUGUAAGAUCGCAGCAACCGUAACCAUGGGAACGGGGUUUAGCUAACAGCUGUUUCAUUCAUAACUUUUCAUCUGCUUAACUUAACACACUGCACACCCAAAGAUGCACCAACAAGUCAUGUACAAACACCAAAUUUAAGGACUCACUGGCUGUUUUAAUCCUUCACUCACACACCGUCAUUCACAACUACGCUGGUAUGGUCUCAUUGUGUCGACCACUCAGAGCAAACCCCUGCUUUUCAAAGCCUCUCCGAAAAGUCUUUUGCACAGCAGUGUUCAAAAUGAGAGCAGAUGGUUUAGUUAAAGAGAUCAAUGACUUCUCCAUGCCUACAGACAUAUUUUUUAAUAUUCUUAGACUGAUCCCUGUGGAGAAGUGCUCUUUGCAAGUUCUUGGAACAUCUGCUUGUUGUCCACUGCCACCUGAAACUGCAAGUGUUUUUAUAACCACUGUCACAAUGCAGUCAGAGAAAGUGGAAUCUGAUCGUAGGAACAGGAGAUUGUGUAGCAGCAAAGUCUUCACUGGCUUCACUGGACUUGACUAAUGGCUUUUACUCCCACUUUUAUUAAUAUGUUAUUGUAGAAGAUGAAAAGCAGCAUAGUGGUGUUGUUGAGCUAGGUAACUGCUGUGUGCUGUUCUUUAUUCUCUCAUGAGCUGGGCUUAACGGUGUUUAGUCACAGAUCCAGCAUCAGUUGCAGGACGUCAAUAUAAAGAAACAAGAAUUGGAGUUUUCUUCCAGCUGUGACCUUGUUUUAUCUUAUCACGACACUUCGUAGCACACAAUAAGACUCAAAAUCACACGGUAUCAUAGCUGUCUGUAAUUUCUGUAACUACUGUUGUUUUGAUUACAUUUGACAUAAUAAACAAUGUUGUUAAAAACA